UUACAAUAUUUUCACUUACAACUUUUAAAAUACAUAAUUGUUCUUGUGGGAGCUCUGACUGUAGAUGCCACCGCCAUUUGUUUGGACCUGCAGGGCGCAUGUUAGUGCAUGAGUGGGGUCAUUUUCGAUGGGGGUUAUUCGACGAGUACCCGGAUGCUGUCGGUGACCCAGACAACUAUCAAGAGUUCUACUUUUCACCAAUCACCAGUCAGUUUGAAGGAGUCAGGUGUUCCUAUGAUUACCAGGCCGUCCCUCUCAUCUUCUUCCCGGACAACUUGUUCUAUCGGGAAUGUAAUGGCGAUCCCGACAUUGGGUACGAGGAUGGCUGCGUGUAUUACGUAUUGGUUAAUCAAGAUGACGUCAGAUCUUCCAUUAUGUACGGCACUUACCCCCUUGAGCCAGUGAGUUGAUUGCGUUUUCUAUAAGGGUUUUAAAAACUGCGUCUUCCAGCAGGACAAACCUGAAGGUUUGUCUUUGUUUAAGCGCGCUACUUACAACUUUUCUCAGAUUUUAUAUUCAUUCUACUUUCAGGACAUGGUAUAACGCAUUCUCGACAGUGCUAAAAGAUUCGAAUAUCA